UCACAGGGGGGGCAUGCCCCUCUUGAGAGAUUCCCCACAAUAAGCCCACGCACUUUUCCUUUUGGCAUUCAUAACCAAGAUCCAAACACAGACUUACAGUACACACACACAUUGGCCUGCUAUGUCUUCAGCGAGCUAGAAAGUCACCACUAUUACCUUUUCUUUGGUACCUGCCAGAAACAUGCCUUGGUGCUCUUAUUUUAGGCCCUGCCACCCAUUGACUUGAUAGAGAAGUGUCUGAAGAGGGCCCGUGUCACGAGCAGGUGUUUGGCCAGUCAGAGCAGGGAGCAGCAUUUUGGUGUUCGCUCCCGCAGUUGGACCAGCGAAUUACAUACCACUGAGGGACUGCAGUAAAGCAGUUAAACUUGGCAGAAAUCUGGAGGUUCCCAACCCCCUUAAGAUGUACGGCCUGUACUUGGAAGCAGUGAAUGAUUAUAUCAACGAGUCGUACGGAGAAGAUGUAUGGAGACUGAUAGAGGCCCGGGCAGAGAUACCGCAUCUCAAGUUUGUCCGCCAUCAGAUGUACAAUGACAACCUGAUCCUCCGGCUGGCCAAGGCAGCAGGGGAGGUCCUGGGGAAGACCCAUGAUGAGCUCAUGUAUGCCUUCGGGGUUUACAUGGUGAAGAGGAUCGGGAACUACGGCUACGAGAGGAUUCUCAAGGUGUUGGGGCGUAAUGUGCGUGACUUCAUCAAUGAGCUGGACAACCUGCACGAGUACUUCCGCUUCUCCUUCCCCAAGGUGCAGCCUCCCAGCUUCUGUGUGGAGGAGGAGUGUGAGACCAGCCUCACCCUGCACUACCGCAGCACCCGCAAGGGCUUCACCCAGUUUGUCAAAGGCCAGCUGUCUCAAGUGGGAAGGCAGUUCUACAAUACAGACAUUGAAGUUGAGAUCCUGUCCAAAGAGGAGACUGAGAAGAUGACCUAUGUGAUCUACAAGAUGAACUUUGACAACGCUGCCUUCAAGCACCGCAUGCCCCAGCAGAAGACGGCCCCGGGGUACGAGAAGUUACCCAUGAAGAGGGGCAUCUUUUUCGACAUGUUCCCCUUUAGUGUGAUCUUCCGCCGGGACAUGACCAUGUACCGCAUUGGGGACGGCCUAAAGGAGGUCUUCUCCGACCUGCAGGGCAAGAAGGUCAACGAAGAGUUCACCCUGGUGCGGCCCAUGCUGGAGUUCAGCUGGGACAACAUCUACACCCACCUUAACAAUGUGUUUGAGCUACUGUCCAAAGCUGUGGUGGAGAGCAAGCAGAAGGUGAAUGUCCCUAAACUGAGCAAGGAAAAGGAAGAUGAGGGAAAAGAGGAGAGCGAGAAACCCAAGAGAGAGGAAGAGAGAGGUACAGAGAAGUCAAGGGUCCGCCCGUCGCCACAGUCAACCGACAGGAGAGGGGAGUACUUUGUCCCUAACAAUCUGAAGCACAUGUCUAAUUAUAAUCAUUUUCAUAAUUUCACAGUAUUAUUCCAACCUCAUAGUGUGGAAAUAUAUAUAAAACACAGGAAAAUCUCAUUUUUGACUGCACUGGGCUUUGAAAGUCUUCCAAUAUGUGUAACAAUAAAUCAUCUCUCUGUCAGUGCUGUUAUAAGCAUGAGUGAAAUGCAUAAAACAAAUGUCACUCACUCAGCCACCCAUUCUCCCUCCCUAACUCAGUCAUUCCCUCCCUCCGUCAUUCAUUCCAUCCUUUCCUCUGGCCCAUUAGAUGUGAAGUCUGUGGAGGAGAUGAAGGGGGACCAGGAGUUCAGCAGUGCUCUGACUCAGUACAACAGCUCAGCCAACUCAGGGGGAGAGGACAUCGAGCUGCUCGCCUUCCAGACUGUCACCGGGAAGUGCAGUGAAACCAUCUUCGAGGAUAUGAGGGAACCUCCCAAGAAGCCCCUCCACCUGAAGGGUCAAAUGAAGUACGUCCCCCAGUGGGACUCGCUCAUCUUCCUCAGUACGCCCAUUAUAGAGACAGUGGAGGACAUGAUUAAAAUGGGUGUCUAUGUGAACGAUCUGAACCUACACGACUCCAGCCGAGAGCUCAUCUUAGCCGGAACACAGCAGUCGGCUGAACUUCAGCUGGCUCUUGACCAGGAGCAGCAGAAGUACGCCCAGCUCCAGGAGAUCAUCAAGAAGCUGGACGAGGAGAAGAAGAGAGGAGACUCCCUCCUCUACGCCAUGAUCCCCAAAGCUGUGGCUGACCGGCUCAGGAAGGGUAUCACGGCCCUGGAGACAUGCCAGGUGUUCCCGGACGUGACCAUCCUAUUCAGCGACGUGGUGAAGUUCAACGAGAUCUGCAUCCACAUCACGCCCAUGCAGGUGGUGGACAUGCUUAACGAGAUCUACAUCGUCUUCGACACGCUCAGCGAGAAGCACAACGUCUACAAGGUGGAGACCAUCCGAGAUGCCUACAUGGUGGUAGCAGGCGUGCCCAAUAAAACAACCUUCCAUGCCCACCACAUAUGUGACAUGGCCCUGGACAUGCUGAGCUCCAUCGACCACCUCAAAGACCCCUCCACUGGAGACAACAUCCAGAUCAGAGUCGGGAUCCACUCAGGGAUGGUGGUGGCUGGGGUGGUGGGGCUGAAGAUGCCUCGCUACUGUCUGUUUGGAGACACCGUCAACACUGCCUCCCGCAUGGAGAGCAAUGGGGUGGGCAUGCAGAUCCACAUAAGCCAGACCACCAAAGACCACUUGGAACAUGAGCCCUACAUAAUUGAGGAGAGGGGAAAGAUUUUUGUGAAGGGUAAAGGCUACAUGAAGACAUAUUGGCUGAAGGGGAAGAAGGACCUGUCGUUUAAGACUCCAGCAGAGCUCCGCUACAGCAGUGAACAGAAGGACUCAGAGGACAGGAGCUCCAAUGGGUCCACCUGCACCAACACCAAGCGCUCCACCUCCAACCUGAACAUUCCCAACGAGGAGCAGGCAGAGGGCAAGCCCACCCCCACAGAGUUGCCUGCAGAGCCCUUACCUUCACUAGAAGGCGCCCCCGAGGACCCCACAGACCCCACCGAGCCCCAGGAGAAGAAAGUAAAAAAGAACACUAAGAACAACAACAAAGGGGGCGUGGCCAAGCCCGAAGCUCCUCCCCAGCAGGUCAAUGUGGUGCAGGAGAGUGUAGUGCUUCCUGCUGCUGCCCAGGAGACCCCCAAGGCCCCCCCGGCCACCGCCGCCCCAGUGCUCAACAACAAGAAGAACAGCUUCAGGCAGCACAAUAAGCUGCCCGCCCACCUUCCCAUGCGCAGCACUUCCUGCUGCCUACUGUGAGAGGAGAGGCUAAAAUAAUGUGACUGGCCUGCAUCUUAUUGACAGUCCUAUGAAGGCAACCCUGAAACUGACCCUAACCUUGAACCUCAACCAAAUUGAAAAUUCAACAUGGUUUCGCUGUUCAGUCACAUCCCUUUAGUUUUCCCUACUGUGAGAUGGACCAGGCCAGAGUUCAAGACCUCUCAGAUCGUGGGCCAGCCUUCAUGUUCAAUAUAUUGUAUGACGCCCUGGUGUUUAUCCUAUGUUUUUCCUUAGGCAGGACCUGAGGGUCCCCACAGCAACAUUCAGGGCAGCCCAAACAUUGAUGCCCCUAAAAUUAAACAAAUGUGACAUUGCUGAAAAGGGAGAAAAAAAGUUUCUCUUCCAACAAAUAUAUACCGAUACUCAUGUCUUGAUGACGUGUUAAACAGUGGGCCUUUUUUGGUAAUACAAGCACCUGGCUAAUGUCAUGGAUUUCUGCAUGUUGUUGAAAGGAAACAGGUCAAUAAAUGUACAGUUCAUGUACUAUUUAUUAAGUUAUUACUGUCGGUGAAAACACCUUUUCUAAUUACAGGAUCACAAUGGAUUGGUAUACAGAGUAAGUUGAGAUGUCCAGAGAUGGUUGUAUUUUAUUUGCAUAAACUAGUUCUGAGAAGUCUGACACAAGUUACAGUUCUGAUACUGUAUUUAAUGAUGGAAUAAUAUUGACUUUAAUAAUCAUUUAUAUAAUAGCGCUUUUCCUAAUGCUGUAAGUGCUUUACUUUUCUGUUUUGUAUUUAUAAUUUGUUGCACGUUUAC